AAAAAAACAAAAAAUAACAUUCCGACCGACUAGUUCCAACAUGGCAAGCCGAAGAGGUUCGCAGAAAAGCCAGGGCGAUGGAAAUAAGUAUUCCGUCCUGUUACCCACUUACAAUGAGCGAGAGAAUCUGCCUCUGAUUGUUUGGCUACUAGUGAAAUACUUCAGCGAAAGUGGUUACGACUACGAGAUUAUCGUGAUCGACGACGGAAGUCCCGAUGGGACUCUGGAGGUUGCUCAGCAACUACAGCAAAUCUACGGAGAGGACAAAAUCCUCCUUCGGCCACGAAAAAGUAAACUGGGACUGGGAACUGCUUAUAUCCAUGGGAUCAAACACGCGACAGGGAACUUCGUCUUUAUAAUGGAUGCUGACCUGUCUCAUCACCCGAAGUUUAUCCCGGAAUUUAUUGAGAAACAGAGAGAGGGAGGAUAUGAUGUGGUGGCCGGCACUCGCUACAGAGGGGACGGAGGAGUGUACGGCUGGGACCUGCGCAGAAAACUCAUUAGUCGGGGAGCUAACUUUGUCACCCAGGUGCUGCUCAGACCAGGAGCCUCAGAUCUGACGGGCAGCUUCAGGCUGUACAAGAAGGAGGUUCUGGAGAGUCUGGUGUCCUGCUGUGUCUCCAAGGGUUACGUGUUCCAGAUGGAGAUGAUCGUCCGAGCCCGCCAGCUCAAAUACACCAUCGGAGAGGUUCCCAUCACGUUCGUGGACCGAGUCUACGGAGAGUCCAAACUGGGCGGGAAUGAGAUUGUGUCCUUCCUGAAGGGGCUGCUCACACUGUUUGCUACGACGUGAUGAAGACCACGAUGACGUGAUGAAGAGCGAUGAAGACCAGGAGCUGUGGCGUCGGGCUGUUUGACUCCUCCUCACAGCGGACUGGUGUUUUCACAGUCCGGGUGUUUAAUGUCCGUGUUACACCACGGUGAGAUUAGUUAAGCUGUCUGCAAACGCAGAAUGUUGAUCUGAGGAUCUGCUUUCAUGUUCGUUCCCUGAGCAGGUGGAUCUGUGAUUAAUAAAGUACACACGUUUC